AUGACUAAUGAUGAUAUGAAAUACAUUUGUAUCAGAUUAAUUUCAGGUUUAAAAUUUGUAGAGUUUGAUGACAUCGAAACAGGAAAACCAUGCCUAAAGACUUCUCAGGGAUUCAGAGGAUGCAAACUUUUUUUAUCAAACAUUGAAGUAGUAAAUGAGAUUCUUGAAAUUGAGGCCUCAGAGAGAAUUUAUAGAGACUCAUUUACAAACAACUAUAAAGCACUAUUUCCAUACCCUAAGAAGAGAUUUUACCGUGUGGAUGUUUUAGAAGCUUCUAUAGAAGGCUAUACAUCAAUUUGGGUAAAUGGUGAAAGAUUUGAAUUUAAUGCAAAUGUAAUUCAAGCUGGGAAAGAGCUUCAUGAAAGUUGGAUUUGUCUGGUCACACUUAUUUUCCAGAUUAAAGAUUUAAUAGAAGAAAGGAUUAAAAAGAAUAAAGAUGUUAAUAUAUUCGAUUUUGAAAAUGAAUUAUGGAAAGCAAAUAUCAUUAAUGUUUUGAAAAGAUUUGAUCAAUCGUGGGUAGAAUUCGAGAAGGAAUAUAUCACAGAACUAAUUUCAAUUGAAAACGUUGCCAGAAGAUUCAUUUUAAAUUUAAAUAAACACAUGAUUGAUAAUGAAAUUUUGACAUGUGUUGGCGCCAAAUCAAAUGGAAAUAAUAGUGAUGUUAUUUUUGUGAAUGAAAUGCAAAAGAAGGAAAAAUCUGAGAAUAAUGGUAAUGAAGAUGAUCAGCUAACAAGUGGGAUUCAAUGUAAUGGUUUGGAUCCAAUUUUCUUCGAGCUAAUUAAAAAUUUGUAUCGAGUUUUAAAUCUGAAUAAUAAACAAUGUACUACAGAAAACAUUAAUUUGUCAACAUGGGAGCAAAUCAUGCAAAUUAACAAACUGGCAGCAUCAUCCCCACACUCCAGCUUUUCGGUGGUUGGCGCCUUAAGUAUGCAAUGCAUGUCCGAAAUGACCAUAUUUUUGGAGCAGGUAGUAGAUGCAUGCAAAAUUCCAGAAAAGAUAGACCCGCAUAUCUGUAAUAAUUCAAGUUUGCAACAACAGAUUUUGAGGGUGGAAGAGACAUGGGGUAUAGCAAGGAAACAGUUUAGUAAAUUGGUGUCAAUGGAGAAAGAGGACGUUGACAGAUUAUCUCUUGUACAGCUUGUAAAAUUGCUUCAAAAAGUAUUUUCCAUUCAAUUUCAGAUUAGGAGGAGAAUUAAAGGAUUGGAAAUUGGAGAGGUGAUGAUGGAAUUAGGUUCAAUAAAGAAUUUUGAGGAAAUAUAUCUCUGGGAAAAUAUAUUUGUUGAGAAAUUAGAGGAGUUUGAUGUCGCUGCAUUGCUAGCUCUUCCAAAAAUAUGCUGUAUUUUGUAUUUGGUGAAUCCAGGAGUUUGUUCAGACAUGAUAAGUCAGUUUCUAAAUAAUGAGAAAGCAAUGGAGUUGCAUUGGGUUCAACAAGAUGAGAUAGAAUGCAUUGAAGAUAAGUUAAUAAAAAAUCAAAUUUUUAGAGGUAUUCAAUUGAGUAACAAGGCUUUAUCCAAUAAUCAGGAUGUUAGAGGAGAGAAUUGUUCGGUUGAAAACUCUUUUUUGAAUAUGGUGACUUUAUGGAAUUCAUUCACAGAGGCUGUUUUGGGCCACGGCAACAGAGGUUUUGGAACUGAUUUUUUGGCUUUAGAAGUUGGUGGAAAAGUUUUUAAUAAAGAAGAAAUACUUUUUGUAUAUAUAUUUUCAUUGUUGACAGGGGUUUGUUUAUGUGGAGAGAGUCAGAUAAAUAACUGUAAAAUUUGCAAUAAAGAGACCAUAACAAUUCAAAAAAAUGAGUUUAUUAAGGAAACAGAGAAAUUAUUGAAUUCAUUGUUAAUUUCUAUAGAAGAGGUUAGCAUACUAUUACAGAGAGUUUCUGUUUCUGAAUGGAAUGAAUUCAUUCAGACCGCAGUAAUUUGCAUUACAAAGUCACCAAUAAUAUUAGAAGAAAGCAUAAAUUUUGAGACCAGCCAAAAAGAAAACGAAAUCGAACAAAAUUCUCCUAUUCAUUUUGAAGAUAAUAAUACUCUAACUACUAAUUCGGCCUUUGGAAAAAAGAGUAAGCAAGGAGGUUCUUUUGCUAUAAACAACACAAAAAUUCAGAACUUCUUGAGUAAUAUUGGUUCAAUUAUAUAUAAAAAUGUUAAGAGCUAUGGUAAAUUUACCGCUAGUAGUAGCACAGUAACUCAAGAAACUUCUGAAAACGCCACAGUAAUUAUGUAUAGUAGUUCAAACUCCAAUUUUCAGAAUGAAACAGAUAUAUAA